UUUUAGCUUUUUCCGAUUUUUAUGUUUUCCAUAUUGCUGUGAUGUUUCAAUUUCGUGUCUGUAGCUGAGGCUGCUGAUGCGGCGUUUUAUUUGCUCUGGGCACACAAACAAUACUGCCUUUGCGGACGGACACAUUACGGUUUUGCCACCUUCCACUUGGACUUUUCUUUGCUUGUUGGUACAUUGCCGCCAUUGUGUGUUGAGGUUUUUGGAAGAUGUUGCGACUUUUAUUUAGUCGCUUGAUAUCUUUCGUUGUGUAAAGUUUAGCGCAAAGUGACGAUCAUACUGCGAAGAAAAAGAUAAGAAAGAACUUAACAGAAAAAAACAAGUGAAAAGAAAAAAUCCCCUAGCAUGAAAGGUUGAUGUUGUUUUUUUUUUUUUUUUUUUUUUGCAUAAAGAAGUGUGAAAUGAAAAAAGUAUGAGAAUAAACUUUCAUGUGGAAUGAAUCAUAAUUAUGUGAAACAAAGUUUUGUUAUUAUUAAAUAGCAAGAAAAAUAGUUGGCAGCAUAAGGAAAUCCCACUCUAAGGAUGGAAAAAAGUUGGCAAUAAUUGUAUGCAAUAUAGCAUUAUUAGCAAACAAAAUGGGAAAGUAAAAAAGUAGAGGAAUAUGUUCGUCUUGAAGACAGUUACUACACAUAAAAGUUUAAAAAAUAACAUUUUGCGUGAAAAUGAUAUAAACAGAGAAUAAAAAAAAAAACAGUCUGCAGUGGUAUAAAAAAUAAAAGUGUAAUCUGGAUGUACCAGCUUCUAUAUAAAUUUUAAACAUGAAUUAGUUGAAGAUUGAAGCUACAUAAUACAUACUAAAAAAAUAUUGAAGAACCUUUACUUUAUACUUUUGGUACUUGGGUUUCUUGCGUCAAUUGUAGCGCCCCAUCAAAGGAUUACACUUAAUCAGAAAUCCCACCCAUAAACAACAGCUUUUUACUACUACUCCCACCUCCCCGUUGCUGCUUCCAAUGUUCAGCAUCACAUGACAAUGGCUUCAGGGACAUCAUCAAAGAAUGACACAAUUGAAGCCCAAGCUUACAAUAUAAGUGAUUUGAAUUUAGCUCAAACUAUACACAAGGCUGCCGUGAAAUUGUUAACUAAACGCAAUGUCAUUCAAGGUACCAUCGAAACGAAAGAAGGCAUGGAGGUGGCAGCCACACAACAGCCACCCACUACGGUUACGCUGAGUAGCCUGGACAAAAGUUUGCUUGAGAGCAUAGCUACAAUACGCAAAAAUGUAUCCCAAGUAUUGCAUAUGUACUUUCGCACUUUAAGUGCGAAUCUCACAAGGACAACUACUACGCCCGAGGUAUUUCUGAGUAAGCAACUGGACAAUGGUGGACCCAGCAUCAAUACAAUGGAUGAAGUACCCAACGCCCCCGCAACGAUGGCAACCACACCAACUCAAUUAAUAGCCCAAAUGACUACAACAAUGACUUUGGACAAUUUCCCAAAAUCCACCUUUUACAAUAGCAGCAGUUCGGAAAGCAACAACGUGAUAUCGACAGCAAUGGUCCACUUAGCAGAUGUGGCAAAUGCCACGCUGACAACGACAUCACCACCUGCUUUAUCCUCCCUAGCAGCUGCCUCGACCACCGUAACAACUGUAGUGCGGAAUAUAACAUAUCCCAGUUAUGGCAUACCAAUUAGUAGCUCGGAAAAUUGUUCAGCCCUAUUUUCGAACUAUACGCCUCCAGAGACGGGUUUAUACUGCAAUUGGACGUGGGAUAUGUUUAUAUGCUGGCCGCCAACACCAGCCGGUGUUCUUGCCCACAUGAGUUGUCCAUCAGGAUUUCAUGGUGUGGAUGCGAGAAAAUUUGCCAAUCGUAAAUGUGAACUUAAUGGCCACUGGGGUGGACGUCCUAAUGAACCGCCCAAUCCCAUUGGUUGGACUGAUUACAAUCCUUGUUUUAAGCCAGAAGUAAAAACGUUAUUAGAUAAAGUGCCAAAUCUUGAGCUAGUUGUAGAAAUUGCUAAGCGAACACGUACCUUGGAAAUUGUUGGCCUUAUACUGUCUCUGGUGGCUUUAAUUUUAUCCUUAAUUAUAUUUUGUAAUUUUCGUUCAUUGCGCAAUAAUCGUACAAAAAUCCAUAAAAAUCUCUUCAUUGCAAUGGUCCUGCAAGUUGUCAUACGUUUGUCGCUGUACUUGGAUCAGGCAUUUCGUCGUGAUAAAUCAGAGACCAUAACGAAUACAAGUCUAUCGGGAAUUGAGAAUACGCCCUACCUUUGUGAAACCUCCUACAUCUUGCUGGAAUAUGCCAAGACGGCAAUGUUCAUGUGGAUGUUCAUUGAAGGCUGGUAUCUGCAUAAUAUGGUAACAGUAUCAGUAUUUCAAGGACGAUUUCCCUACAAACUCUACUCCAUAGUGGGCUGGGGUGUACCCGUGCUAAUGACCACAAUAUGGGGUCUAUGCACAUCGAUACACUAUGCCGAUACAAUGCAUGAUUGUUGGUGGAAUUAUAAUUUAACACCAUACUAUUGGAUAUUAGAGGGACCGCGUAUAGUUAUAAUAACGAUAAAUUUUGCAUUUCUUUUGAAUAUCAUACGUGUAUUGGUCAUGAAAUUGCGCGAAAGCCAGGCCAGUGAUAUAGAGCAGACCCGUAAAGCGGUUAGGGCUGCCAUUGUUUUACUGCCUUUGUUGGGCACCAUUAAUGUUUUGUAUUUAAUACCGACCCUAGAGACACCCUGGAAAUUCGCCUUGUGGUCCUAUGCGACACAUUUCCUAAAUACAUUUCAGGGAUUUUUUAUAGCACUGAUAUAUUGUUUCCUAAAUGGAGAGGUAAGGGCAGUUUUACUUAAAAGUUUGGCCGUUUAUAUGUCAGUACGCGGCCAUCCAGAAUGGGUUCCUAAAAGAGCUUCCAUGUAUUCGGCAGGCUAUAAUACCGCCCAUGAUACAGAAAAUCAACAUGCUGAUAGAAAAGGCAAUGGUUCACCUUCCUCAAAACGUUUGAAUGGCCGCAAAGGUAGCUGCUCUACUGUGAUUCAGACCAACUCAAAUCGAAGUCAUAAAAAGUCGCCUAGACUAUCGCACAGUAAUGCCAGUGGCCAGCCCAAUCUUAAUCAUCUGCCGCUGCCACCCAACUCAAAUCAUCAUCAACACCAUCCAACGCAGCGUAUGGAUAGCAUGCCCAGUGAUAAUAAUAAUGGUGGAAGUUUAACUAGCCUGCAAACGCUGGGGCGUCACCAUACGCAACAUCAUCACCACCAUCAUCAUUAUCAGAGGCGUCCACAUCAUAGCUGGUUGCUAACAUUGUGUUUUCGCGGCCAAAAGGUACUUAGGGUACCGCCAGCGUCGUCCGAACCUCCUGAGUCAGUUGUAUUUGAGUUGUCAGAGCAGUAGUUAAAUAAUCUUGUUGCGCUUUAGUUUUUUUUCCUAGCAUUUUGUAAUAGCCUACUUAUUUUUGCUUAAUUUAUUUAUCUAUUUUUUUCUAAUAGCUAAAUAAUUUUUUUUAUAAACUUUUCUUGCUCUUUAUUUCUAUAUACAUAGAUAUAUAGCAAAUAUAGUAGUCGCAUAUAUUUUUGAUACAAACUCUUAUAACACAAUGUAGCUCUACAUAUAAAUCACUAAUCUCUUAGGCACCUUGGACUUUUUUACACCUAUACGUUAUGUUAAUACUCAUAUCUUGCUUAGAGUAUGAGUAACACUACUAAUACCACCUAUAGUUAGACACAUUUUUGUAUAUAAACAAAUU